UUGGCCGCGGACGCUGCAGUGUGUAGCAAGCAAACAGAUCUACCACCCCAAGCUCAUCGGCGGCGGCGGCGACGACGAGGAGAGCAGAUCCGAGAUGGCGGCGAGAGGGUGGAGGAGGAGCGCGGCGGCGCGGGCCGUCUCGCGCCACGCGACGCUGUUCCUGUGGCUCGCGCUGGCCGCCGCAGCCCUGACGCUCGCCCAGGUUCUCAUCCACCUCGCGAAGAAAUCACACGCGGAACUGACGGAGGUCACCAACAAGGUCUACUUCGACAUCGAGAUCGACGGCAAGCCCGCAGGUCGGAUUGUCAUGGGACUUUUUGGGAAGACUGUGCCUAAAACAGCAGAGAACUUCCGAGCGCUUUGCACAGGAGAGAAAGGUGUUGGCAAGAGUGGCAAACCUCUCCACUACAAGGGAAGCUCAUUCCACAGAAUUAUCCCCAGCUUCAUGCUCCAAGGAGGAGACUUCACUCUUGGCGAUGGAAGGGGUGGUGAAUCUAUCUAUGGCUUAAAGUUCGCUGAUGAGAACUUUAAGAUCAAGCACACUGGGCCAGGCCUUCUGUCCAUGGCCAAUGCUGGGAGAGAUACAAAUGGAUCCCAGUUUUUCAUCACUACUGUAACAACAAGCUGGUUGGACGGGAAGCAUGUUGUGUUUGGCAAGGUGUUGUCUGGAAUGGAUGUUGUCUACAAGGUUGAAGCUGAAGGCCGACAGAGUGGGCAACCAAAGAGCAAGGUUGUCAUUGCAGAUAGCGGCGAGUUGCCGAUGUGAUGAUCUGAACUGAUCUUUUAAUGGCAGUGUAAUAAGAAGUUGAUGUAGCUCUGUGUCGUCUUAGAACUGUUCGUUGGCUUGAGCCAGUUUCAGUUGACCACAGUGACUUGCUUAUUUACUAGUCGGAAAGUUUACAGGUUGAACUAAACAAUGGUCUUACCUACAUCAUUUUCGGUUUCAUCUGUAUGAAUAUUUUUCUUGUGGUUAUUUAGUUACCGUAGAGAUCUUGUUA